GAUUUAAUACUCGGUAUUUUUAGUGAGAAGAUGAUUCAUGGAUGAAGACUCAGUUCUUCUUCAUAGAGGAACAACGCUUGUCAUGAAACCAGAAUGGUGUGUGAAGAUGUCGUCUGGACUCCUGGAGUCUCCUGAAGGAGAUCAGCUGUGUGCCUUCCUGCUGAGGGGGGGGGGAGAGGGGGAGAGGUGGAAGGAGGUGGGCUGUCAGUGGGAGAAUCCAGAGGAGGAGCAGAGGAGGGAGGUGGGCUGUCAGAGCGAAUCAGCGGAGAGGAGGGACGCCGCCGUCCAAGUCGACCUGCUGACUCAGCAACUCAGCUGGAGACACACGGGUUCCUCUCAGAUGCUGCUUCAGUGUUUUGCGGUCAGACCAGACGGACCAGAUGGGGGCGCUCUGUUGCAGCACUGCACCCCCAACCGGACCAGGACCAGGACCAUCCAACCGGCAGUCAAACUGUCCCCUGAACUCUACCCAACCAAGCCCAGGUCCCAGAAGAGACCGCCCCCAAACAACAGCAAUACCACCAAGAGAAGACGAGGCCGCCCCCGCCGCCGUGUGUCACCUGACCCUGAACCGCUGCAGGAAGAAGAGGAUGAGGAGGGGGGGCAGGAGGAGGAAGACGGGGAGGAAGAGGAGGGCGACACAGGUGAUCCCAACUGGUCUCCACCUCAGAGAGAUGCCGUCUCUCACCCGUCUCCAUCAGCUCUGGCUGAUGUCCAGCAGGCCUCAGAGUCCCAGCAUGCACCUCUUCACGCAGUGAAGCUGGAGCCCGACAGCACCAUGUGUGACGUUUGUGGUAAAGUGAUGAAGAAUAAGUCGAGUCUGGCACGACACUCGUUCAUCCAUACGGGGAAGAAGCCGUUCGCCUGCCAUCUUUGUGACCUGCGCUUCAACCGCCGCGACAACCUGCAGCACCACCUGACCCGACUCCACCCCAACGGCGUGGCCAAGCUGGAGAAGCAGCGUGAGGUGCAGGCGUGGCUCUGCGCGGUCUGCGGCAAAACCUUCAACUGCAGGUCACGCUUAAAAACCCAUGAGGUCAUCCACUCAGGCGUCAAACCUCACCGCUGCGACCUCUGCCCCAAAGCCUACAUGAGGACCAACGACCUCGAGCAUCACAAGAAGGUCGUACAUGUGGACGGUGGUGCCGAGCCUCAGCGGUCCAGCUCGCUUCUCUGUGACCUGUGUGGGAAGGAGUUCAAGUGUAAGUCGCAGCUCGCCGUCCACUUCCAGUCUCACACCGGAGAGAGGCCUCACCUGUGCGACAUCUGUGGCCGCAAGUUCAGCCGUCAGUACCAGCUCAAACGCCACAAGAUCCUGGUGCACGCCAACCGAGUAAACGGCGAGGAGAGCGGGACGCCUGACUCUCCGUUUGCAUGUGACGUCUGUGGGAAACGCCUGAAAUCUGAAGCCCUCCUCGCCGCUCAUGCUCGCAUCCACUCGGGAGAAAAGCCUCACCGCUGCGGCGUCUGUCUGCGCAGCUUCCAGCGCGCCGUCUGCCUGAAGCAGCACCACGUACGGGUUCACCUGAGGGUCAGAGUCAACGAGGGGCCGCGGGCAGGUGGGGGCAGGAAGAGCUCGAUGGAGACGAAGGAGUUCCCCUGUCCCGUCUGCGGUAAGGUGUUUAAGUUCAGGUCUCUGCUGACCAGUCACUCGCUGAUCCACAGCGAGGUCCGACCGUACGCCUGCGACUUCUGCAGCCGUAGCUUCAGGCGCCUCAGCCACCUGAAGCGGCACCGCGAGGUCGUUCACGCCAACGGGGAGCGCCUGCCCCAGAGCUUCAUCUGCCACAUCUGCGGCAAAGACAAGAAGUGCCGCUCACAGCUCGCCAGACACGUCAUCAUCCACACGGGGGAGCGGCCGUACGCCUGCGACAUCUGCCCCGCCCGCUUCAACCGCAGCGGGAACCUGCAGCAGCACAGGAAACGCAUGCAUGGCGUGGGGGUGGAGCCUGCAGAAGAAGCCCCGCCUAUCCUGUUUGAUGAUGAACUCAUUCCCGCUCUGACUUACAAACAGGAAGAAACGGUGGUCGCCGUAGACACCACGGCUGAAGUCUGUGAGAUUUUAGCCACUGAAGAGACGGUUCAGCAGCUCGCCAACACAUGAGCGAAAGAAACAUAAGUGAACUGAGCACGCUCAGAACGACACGCCUCCUGGUAGAACUUAAACUCUGAACUGCUCUGAUGUUCUAAAGGGUUCUGCAGAGAAUGGAACAGGAACAUCUCAAGGGACAGACCCGGGGAGAGCAUAGGAAGAACAGGGACUGAACGGGGAGAGAACUGGGGGAGAACUGGAGGAAAAAACACGGACAAAAAGGGGGAGCACAUUCAUGACAGAUGGGAGAACAGAAGGAGAACGAGGGAUAGGCAGUGAUUGCUGAAUUUUUGUAGACUCUUUAAUUUAUUAAACUAUCAAAGGUUGGACUGUUCGCUGAGUUUAAAGGUUUAUUUUUCCGUUAUUCUGGCCGGUGCCUGGUUCUAAUGUGGUUCUACCUCCUGGUGCUGUUAAGUAAACGGUUGUUUUUACCCGUUCAACAAAAGAACAAGAGAGCAGAAAUGUGGAGUGACACGCCGGAGGAGCUGACAAACUUCCCGUGCUUCUUCUAAGAAAGGAAUCAAUCAGUUUGAUCGUUUUCAUGGAAUCGAUCUGUGAAUUGAUAUUUUGAGGUCUGUAAUUUGGAGUUGAAUUUAUCAUUAAAUAAACCCAAAGCAAUGCUAAAUCUGUUAGCCUGCCAAUGGGAAUUGACAUUGUGUGUUAGCAUUAAGCUAAAAAAAUAAAUGUACAUCACAAUCCAUCUGUAAGAAAUUAAAAUUUCCAUCAAAUAAUUGGAGAA